AUGGGAGACAGCGCUUUCACCUUCGGAGCACGAGAACUUUGCGACUUCUAUCAGCUUAAAGAUUUAGACCCCAAAGUUUCGUGGGCCGAGGACUCGAGUGUAGUGUAUUCAUUGAGUCAACCCCAAAAUGCAGACUCGAUUGACUCGUCAUACGUGGUUUUGAACGAGCUUUUGAGACAAGAGCACGAGCAUAGCACUGAAAGAAACGACACUAUUGAAACAGCAGGAUUAUCUGAUCCAUUGAACUCAAGUACCCGGCUUGAGGAUCUCCUGGAUCACUAUCGUAUCCCUCAAGAUGAACGCUACAAAUACUAUAUCAACAGUAAAAAGUUCAAUUCCAAACUCUACCUUAAACAAUUGCAUGCACAAGACUCGUUUAAGGAUCUCAGUUUAUCUUUGGAUCACCUUGACCAAUCGCUCCAGGCCCAAAGUGAGGACUUGAAGCAGCUGGUUCAGAGGAACUUCGUCAAGUAUGUGAGGUCCAAGAACAACUUGGACCGUAUUUACGAGCAGUUCAAUAAGUUUUCCCUGGGAGAAAGUAGGGAUUUUGGAACCGAUGACCUUGGAGAAACUGUCGACGAGUCGAUUCGUGAAAUUACGAUAAAGGUGAAACCGAUUCUUGAUAUCAGUACUAAGCGAAGAAAUGCUCAAACUACUAUAGCAUUUUUACAAGACCACAAACAGUUCUUUGAUGCGCCAAAAAAACUGAAACAUUGCUUGAUAGAAAAAGACUUUGCUAAUCUCGUUGUCGAAUACAACAAUGCUCACUCGACAUUUAAGGACCUACAAAGACGGGGAUUUACGUUUCCAAUUUUGACCAAGAUCUGGGAUGAUAUUGAGAACACAAUAUGUCACUAUAGAGAAGUGAUAUGGGAUUCACUUGUCAACCUUGUUGCAGGCGAGACGCAAGAGCAGAUCCUGCCUCUAAUAUCGAAACUUCUAGAUCUGAAUUAUGCAGGAAAUCCCAUUAUAGAAUGGAUUAACACAAAGCUUGAUAUAUUUGAGCGGAAAAUCGGAGAAGUUUGCUCACAAAUGUUUACCAAAAUUAUUCAGUCUCAGAAAAAAAUUGUGGAAAGCGCUUUAAAUGAGAAGGUUGAUCUAACGUUCUAUCUUUCUAUCAAAAACCUAGCUGAUAAAUUAAAUGAUGGUCAAGUUUCGCGAUUUGGAAUUGUUGGUAGCUCAUUCCUGAAGAACCCGGGGCUUUGUGAUACGGUUGUGGUUGUUGAAAUGUGGCUAUUGAUUUCAAAGUUUAUCAAUUUAUUGUCAAAGGAAUCAAGCGAUUUUGUGGAAUUUUGGGGACACGUUGAAAAAUUCCUAGAUGGAACAUACCAGACUUCAUUAAUGAAUGAUAAAAGAAAAGAUGACAUACUUGGUUCCAAUACACAAACUCGCGAUGAUUAUGGCCAAUUCUUGGAGAUGAAAAAUGAACAAAUUCGAUGCAUUAGAAGGAGAGGUGAGGAUUUCCUCAAGCGCCUAUGUGAGAAUUUAUCAAAUUUCUUCAACGCUUCUCAGGAUACUCUCAGUACUGGGUCAAUACCAGAAAAGGAAACGGGAAUACCUUUGGACUACGGUUUUUUGCCGCCAAAUUCUAACUGCUUAAGCUGUUUGCGAUACCUUCCCCGAAUAGUCGAGCCUAUUUUAAAGUUCACGACUGAAUUAGCCCAGUUGAAUGUCAGUUCAAGCUCUAUUGAAUUUUUAAGAGAAACAAAUGCGCUUGUUUUGGAAAGAUCCAUUUCUGCUAUCUCAGCAACAAAACUCAGAGAUAUCUCUUCUUUUCAUACACUCGAAGAUUGGUCCAUGUAUCGUACAUCUGGUUCUGAAGAGUAUGGCAUUACACAAUUUCCAGAAGUUGUUCAAACUUUUCAAAAUCUCAGCAUAACAACAGUUAGAAACAUGUUGUAUUCGUAUGAAAAGUUGCCUGUUCUAAAUGGCAUUUAUGUAGUGACGCAUCCGUCACGCAAGAUGCUAGCAGGUAUUGAGGUUCAGCAAAUUGUCUCAAUGGAAGCGGUUCUAGAAUCUAUUUUGAAGGAGGCUGCCAAAGAAAAGGAAAACCCAAGAAACCCAAGGACUAUAUUAACACUGACUAACUUACAGUACAUCAAGGGCUCAGUCUUCCCGCAAGUUCUUCGUUAUUUUGACGAGUCUUUCGAGACACAGCUUUCGAGAAAGAAUCUCGAAAUCUUCACUUUGCUGGCAAAAAUGGAAACAUCUAUCUUGGGAAAUUACUUGUCAGAUCUGAAAGUAACCCUAAGGGAUAUUCUAGAAGAGCGUUUUUACGAGAUCAAUUGGGCCGCGUAUAACUCGAACUCUUUUAGAGUCGGCGAUUACAUUAUAGAGGCACUGAUGGUUUUGGUAAGGGUCCACAGCGAAUGUUUCAAAAUCGCGCCGCAGUUGAUUGGGCGCAUUCUCAGAGAAUCUCAAGUGUUCAUAUCAAAAUACUUGUUUGAGGCUUUUAAGCCUUACGCCGGUAACCUCUCUUCAGAUGGCUUGCUUCAGGUCGUAGUAGAUUUGCAAUUUUUCCUCAGAGUCUUAAGCAACAUGCUUGAGACCACCACAGAAGCGACCAUCAAUGCAACUCUUCAGAAUUGUUUUGAGAACGAUCUUGAUCGGAUGCAGCGCUGUAUCAAGGAAACAGAGCCCAUCGUAUCAGCUAACUUAGAGAAAACCAGCGUCCAGUUCGCUUCAUUUAAGUAA